AUGUCUACCAGAAGAGAUGAUUAAAACACUAUUAUCAUGCUCACGAGAGGAGCUUCAAUAAAUGUCUACCAGAAGAGAUGAUUAGAAUUGCGGCGGCGUCCCAAAUAUUCGUAUCCUGGAAAAUGGAUAUUCCUUUCCUUCAAUCCUUAAUUAUUUUAUGAAUAAAAUCGCCCCAAAAACGCUAAAGCACUCACCUUUUUUCACACCAAAAUUCGAAGCUCAUUAGGGGAUAUAAAGCGAAACCCAGCAAAUGGAAAGUCACUGUGUUUUUACCAGUUUAGUUCAUCUCCUCGCGGCCUUAAUCCUCGUUUCAGUACUUGGGUUGUGUGAAGGCGGGUUCACAAGCAGCUAUGUGCGGCCAAAUGGGUUAAGCCAAGAUAUGCCUUUGGACAGUGAUGUUUUUCGCGAGCCUCCUGGUUAUAAUUCUCCUCAGCAGGUUCACAUUACACAAGGAGAUCAUGAAGGCAGGGGCAUAAUAAUCUCUUGGAUCACACCAAAUGAAUCUGGUUCACGUUCAGUGCUCUAUUGGGCUGAAAACAGCCAAAUCAAGAAAAUCGCACGUGGCAUUGUCGUGAAAUAUAAAUUCUACAAUUAUACCUCGGGCUACAUCCAUCACUGUACUAUUACGAAUCUUGAGUUCGAUACCAAAUACUGUUAUGAAAUCGGAACAGAGAAUAUCAAACGACAGUUUUGGUUCGCUACUCCUCCUCAACCGGGCCCGGAUAUUCCUUAUACAUUUGGUCUUAUAGGUGAUCUUGGUCAAACUCAUGAUUCGAACCGAACUCUUACUCAUUAUGAGAUGAACCCUGUAAAAGGACAGGCGAUUUUGUUCGUUGGGGACCUUUCUUAUGCCGAUAGUUAUCCUUUGCAUGAUAAUACAAGAUGGGACAGUUGGGGAAGGUUUAUCGAGAGAAAUGCAGCUUAUCAGCCAUGGAUUUGGACUGCUGGAAAUCAUGAAAUCGACUUUGUUCCUGAAACCGGUGAAACGAAACCAUUCAAGCCGUACAAAAAUCGAUUUUUCACACCAUAUAGAGCAUCGGGAAGUACUUCUCCUCUUUGGUACUCCAUCAAGAGAGCUUCGGCCUACAUCAUUGUUCUGUCUUCUUAUUCAGCUUAUGGUAAAUACACACCACAAUACAAGUGGCUCACGAGCGAGCUGCCUAAAGUGAAUAGAACAGAGACUCCAUGGCUGAUUGUACUCAUGCACAGCCCUCUGUAUAACAGUUACGUACAUCACUAUAUGGAAGGAGAGACUAUGCGUGUAAUGUACGAACCGUGGUUUGUUCAGUACAAAGUUGAUGUCAUCUUUGCUGGCCAUGUUCAUGCGUACGAACGAUCUGAACGUAUAUCCAACAUAGCAUACAAUGUGGUGAACAAAUUAUGCACUCCAAUUAACGAUGACUCGGCUCCAGUUUAUAUCACCAUAGGUGAUGGAGGAAAUCAAGAAGGCCUAGUCAAAGAGAUGACCGAGCCACAACCGAGCUACUCAGCUUAUCGGGAAGCCAGCUUUGGGCAUGCGAUUUUCGAUAUUAAGAACAGGAGCCAUGCAUAUUUCGGUUGGCAUCGUAAUCAGGAUGGAUUUGCAGUCGAGGCUGACUCUUUAUGGUUUGUUAACCGGCACUGGAAGUCAUCGGGGGAAAAUAUUUGUUGUGGAGAUAGGAAAAAUUUAAUAUGAAGAGUUUGUUUAUGUGUAUUAUUUUGCAGAUGGUUUCAGUACAAUUUACCUUAGUUGAUGUUUGUUGUAACUUGUGAGUUGUUACUUGUGGUUUGAGAAUUUUGGUAGUAACUAGCUUUAGAGGAACAUGGUAAUUUGCCAAGUGGUUCGGGUUUGAUUAUCAUAUGUGAGGGCGUGAAAUAAUUCGUCACCCGAUUAAUUUGUGUGUCGAUAUAUUCUUUUUUAGGACAUUCCAAAUGCAAAAUUUGGUCAAACUCACUCAGAAAAUCAGUAAUGUAUCCACAUUAUGCAAAUUACAAGUUAUCAUUAUGCAAAUCAGUAACAUUACCAACUUCUCAAGAAGUCGAAAACUUCAANCUGAAAAAAAAAAAAAAAAUUAAC